UGUGCCCCAACCAGGAAUGGAACCUUUUUGUGCGCAGGAAGAUACCCAACCAACUGAGCCACAGCAGCCAGGGCUUUACUGAAUUUCUUCAGCUAGUAUGUUGAGCACCUACUAUGUGCCAGGCUCUGCUGAUGCAGCAGUGAGUUGGCCUAGUGGCCCUGCCCCCAGGUUGAGAACCCGGCAGCAGGACACUCAAAGGCACCUUCCAUCCAGCAGUGUGAGCACUCACGAUGACCAGGGUCCGUUCUCCUUGCUGAGGUUACGGGUGGAAGGGGGCAGAAACAAACCAGAAAAACCAUGCCCUUCAGUAGCUCACGUUUCAGAAACGGGGAGACAGUAGCAGCACCUCUUUCCAUUGGGGGUUUAUAUCUGGAAAAACAAGUUACUUCUGAGGGGCACUGGGUGUUCUGGUGAUCCUCAUUAUGGGAGCCUCUUCCCCGUGCACUGAGUCCAGCUGGAUUCUGGGCCCUUCUCACCUACAGGUUUUCCUUGCUCGUCGGCCCCUGACUUGCUGUCUUUGGAGAGUGCAGACUCCUUAAAUCUCCCUCUAACAGACAGCACUGCGAGGCUCCUUCUGCUUCUGGCCCUUGGGGAUUUGAUCAAAUAAAAUCAACCCUGUUUAAAGAGAAGCCAGAAACACAAAGAACUUUCCUUCCCCCAGUCGACAGGUCUAGGUCAACCAGGCCAGAGCUGACUGGGCUGGAAUUUGGGCCAUCCACUGCAGGCACAUCUGCCUGAGACCCUCGAGGACACAUCAUCCUUGUCACCCGCGCAUUCACGUUUGUGGCCAGCGUGGUGCCACCCAGGGGCUCCGCAUGUCACCAGGGGCAGUUGAGAAGGCAGCUGGGCAGGUGCCCAUAGCCCCACCCACCGUGUCAGGCUCAGGGGCUCUUCUGGUUGCCCUGUGUUCCCCUCCUGGGCUCCCACCUCACAGCUUCUGUCCAGGCUCUUGACCGGAACUGUGGGGGCUGAACCAGGUUUCAGUGCAGUGCAGGGCCAUCCUGCCCUCGGGGCCAGGCUGCACGCAGGACUAAACUCAGGUUCUGCGUCCGAAGUCUCCCUGGAGAAAUAUUCACCCAGCUCAGUGCAAGGCAGCCAGUUAACAUGAGAACACUCCUCACGUGAGUUUUUGUAAAAUCUUUGUGUUUUGAUGUGUUUUUAGACGUACAGACGUUGCGACAAGCAUUCCUGCUUUCCUGUCCUCUGGAUCUCCCAGGUGUUGCCUAAAGUGUGAUGUUUUAAAUCUAGGAGUCUCCGCUUUCGUUCUGUGAGAUGUUUCCACAGUGGCAGUGCUGACGGUGGAUGAGGGACAGUGCGUGAAGUCGAAGCACAGAAUGGCCGGGAAGAGGCCGUCGGGCUCAGGCAGGCAGCAUUGGCUGCUGGGGCUGCUGGUCGCUGUAGCCACUGUCCACCUGGUCACCUGCCCCUACACCAAGGUGGAGGAGAGCUUCAGUCUGCAGGCCAUGCACGACCUGCUCUACCACCGGCUAGACCUGAAGCAGUAUGAUCACCUGGAGUUCCCGGGCGUGGUUCCCAGGACAUUCCUUGGGCCGCUGGUGAUCGCAGUGCUCUCCAGCCCUGCAGUCUGUGUGCUCUCGCUGCUGGGAAUGUCCAAAUUCUAUUCUCAGCUGAUAGUCAGAGCAGUCCUCGGACUUGGCGUGGUUUUUGGACUCUGGACUUUGCAAAAGGAAGUGCGACGGCAUUUUGGGGCCAUGGCAGCCACCAUGUUCUGCUGGAUGACGGCCACACAAUUCCACCUGAUGUUCUACUGCACGCGGACGCUCCCCAACGUGCUGGCCCUGCCUGUGGUGCUGCUGGCCCUGACAGCCUGGCUGCAGCAGCGGUGGGCCCGCUUCAUCUGGCUCUCGGCGCUGGCCAUCCUGGUCUUCAGGGCGGAGCUGAGCCUGCUCCUGGGUCUUGUGCUGCUGCUGCUGCUCUGCACCCGGCGGCUGUCCGUGACCAAGGCGCUGCACUACGCUGUGCCCGCCGGCCUGCUCUGCCUCGGACUGACGGUUGCUGUGGACUCCUAUUUUUGGCGUUACUUUGUAUGGCCAGAAGGAACUGUUCUUUGGUACAACACUGUCCAGAACAAAAGCUCCAACUGGGGAACCUCACCCCUGCUGUGGUACUUCUACUCUGCCCUGCCACGGGGCCUGGGCAGCAGCCUGCUCUUCGUGCCCCUGGGCCUCGUGGACAGGAGGGCCUGGGCGCUGCUCCUGCCAGCGCUGGGUUUCGUGGCCCUUUACUCGCUGCUCCCACACAAGGAGCUGCGCUUCAUCAUCUACACCUUCCCGUUGCUCAACACCGUGGCUGCCCGGGGCUGUGCCUACCUGCUGAACAACCACCAGAAGUCCUGGCUGUACAAGGCAGGCUCCCUCCUCGUGAUAGGGCACCUGGUGCUGAAUGCCGCCUACUCGGCCACAGCCCUGUACGUGUCCCACUUCAACUACCCUGGUGGUGUGGCCAUGCAGCAGCUACAUGAGCUGGUGCCUCCCCAGACAGGUGUUGUCCUGCACAUUGAUGUGGCUGCUGCACAGACGGGCGUGUCUCGGUUCUUGGAGGUCAAUGGUGCCUGGAGGUGUCCGCUCAUCUCGCAGAUACGAGAAGAGGGAGGACGUGCAGCCUGGGUCGGAGCACAUGCUGGCCUACACACACCUGCUCAUGGAGGCGGCCCCCGGGCACCUGGCCCUCUACAGGGACACACAUCGGGUCCUGGCCAAUGUUGCGGGUACCACUGGGGUGAGUCUGAACCUGACCAGGCUGCCUCCCUUCAACAUCAACCUGCGAACAAAGCUGGUGCUUCUGGAGAGACUCCUCCCACCUUCCUGAGGGGCGCACAGCGUCGGACACAGAGCAGCACACAGACCAAUCACAGAACCAAGCCGUGCCCCUGCAGGGCUGCACCUGAGGCAUGGGCCCCGCUUCCGCGCCACACACUGCCCGUGAGCAUGAGGGGCCCUGCACAGCCACAGGGAUGGCCGACCGCCCUGGGACGCUGCUUUCAGGAGGCCCCACAUUUGCUGCCCAUUGGCCCCAGAGCACCUAAUAAAGUGCAGCCUUUGGAAAGGUCCCAGGAGUGUCUGUGGAACUGUGAAAUUGGAAGCUUUGCACCUGCUGGAUGGAGUCCACCACCUGCACCCUGAGCUGCAGGCGAGUUUUUCUUCCUACUCACAGGAACAGUUGCAUUUCAGAGGGAAUCUUAGACACACACACGUUCAGAUGGAAUGAGAAUUAAAAUCUGUGAACCUUCUCUUA